AUGUAGCUACACUAUUAUAGCUACUUUCGGAUUUAGAAAUAUAAUUGUUUCAUAAAAAUAACUAAUGGAUUUAGAUAUCUGUAUGCGAGAUCCGCGAAGAGUUAAAUCAAUUUGCAAGUGAUUUUCAUGUCGAAAUGGUUAUUCAGAAGAACAAAGAAACAAGUAAUCUAUCAUCUUUCGAUAGUACAUGGAAGUUUCAGGAGCCCCCUAAAAUAAUUAAUAUACGUACGAGUACAACAGCAAACAUGCAAGCGAAACCACCUAUAACACGUCAGAUAGCCAUAAGUACAUUGGCAGCAAUGCACCGGCGGUUCAGCCUUCCUGGCCCUGUACAACCACACUCAAGGCCCAUUGCUGAGUUUAGGGCAAGUGCUAAUAAAUCUCUGGACAUGUUGCGCCAAACCAUACAGUCUUCGGUUACUAGGGAAAUUGAUCAAGUUAUUAAAAAGUAUUUAGAAAAAUUCUUUGUUCCUGCAGUAAAUAAUAUUAGAUUGAACUUGGGUGAUGAGUCUGUAAGUGAGGACCAGGUGCGAGCAGUAUGCCGAGCAAUGCUAGAUGCCACAAGAUUACUUUAUUCCACUCCUCCACGAACUGUAACCACAAGCUUUGCUGAUAUCACAAGUGAUGCUGAAUCUAGCGCUAACACAGAAAAUAAAUUAACACGACAAGCAUUCCAGAAUACAUCUCAGAAUAAACGCAAGGAUAUGGAAUUGGAUAUCGACUUUUCCAAAAUAAAGAAAAUAAAACAAGAGGAUACCACAGACAGUGCGUCGUCGUCACCCCUCCCGUCACCUGCGCUACGCGACACAGAGAAAUGGAAUCCAGCGAGGCUUACUCAAGAUACAUUGUUUAUUAUGGGAUCUCAUGCACAUAAAGUAUUAGGUCUUGGUAACUCACGUGGACGCCUAUACACAAGACAUCCUGGUUUACUCCGAUAUCCAGCGGAUACUGCUGAUAAAGAGUGGAUAGCUACCCAUAAUCUUGUUAAUGCUGUUGGCGGUAAAACAUACAUAAUGGUAUUGGAAGAUAUUGAAGAACUUGCAACCAGUGAUGCCUAUAAACACAAUUCACUGCCUCUGCUGGGGGAAUUAACAGGAUUUAAAGUACCACCGUUUAUGUUAAAAAAGAUAAAAACGUAUGCAUUAAAGCGAGCACUAAACGGGGAUGUCAGUAAUGCGGGUAGUCCUCAACCAUGUACAAGUACUUCUCAAGAGGAUAAAUUUAAAAUUGAAGAUAUAAAACUGGAAGCUCACGACGAUUUUGACUCAGCAAAUUUUAAUGCAAGUCAGUACAUGGCGAAUUCUGACACCUCGCGAGAUUUUGCUGAAGACUCACUUAUGAAGGAAGACACAGAUUUCGCCGACAUAAAGGUUGAGGACAUAGAUGAUAUAAAAGUUGACAGUAUAAAAGUGGAAGAUCUGGACGAUAUUAAAGUUAAUCCGGCGGGCGGUUUGAAUGUCAGUGGCAUUAAAGUUGAAAACAUCGAUGACAUAAAUGUUGAUGCGAUAAAAGUUGAGGAUAUCAAGUUGGAAAGCGAUGACGCUUUCGAUCUUUGCAAACAAUCUGACGAGGAUGAUCAGAAUCUUGUGGAAGGGUUGUUGGAGUCCGAUAUAGAGUUUUUAAGCCGUAAUUUAGGUAAUAUCGAAAGCGAAGCUGAUGCUAGGAAAACCAUCGAGAAACUAACCGGGGCUAAUCCGGACACGAUUACUCUUGUCGGUGAUGAAUUUGAUUUGGGGACAACUCUCAACACAAAUAACUUCACAGGAAACCAAAACACAAAAUGCAUAACUGUAGCGUCAACAACCAGUGGGAUGGUACACAGUGUACCAGUAGCGCACUUAGCCACUCCUCCCCGCAUCACUGGCAGUACUGUCCACUAUUACACCAGUAGUGGAGUUCAACCAACUGGGCAGAGAACCAUACAUCAUUUGCCUCAAGCUACUGUCACUAUACAGAGCAUACCGGGGUCCAAUUCGCAUAUGAUUCGAGGAAUCCCUAUCAACACCAAAUCUGGCACUAUCAGCACGGUGAUGUCUCAAGGUACGGCCAGUACGAUCAUCGGCUUCGGAACACGAACAUCUAACGCUACCCUAAUCGGAACGCCCACACAGUAUGUCAAUGUUUCUUCCAAAUCUUUUCCCACAGGCAACAUCUUGCACAACGCUAUCGUUUCAAAGAAUAUCAUAAACCGCAGUACUGUAACAUCGGGAGUCUCGUUCAACUUAACUGGUGUAAGACCAUUAUUGCACACAACUACCCCAAAGAGUACUUUAAUCACAGCUUCAUCGGCUGAUUUCGAUAGUAUUUCUACAGCGAAAGACAUAAUUGAUAACGCAUGUAACUCAUCUUUGAUGUUGAAAAAGGUUUUGACUCUAGGCAGUUCGGGAGCUACGAAAUCCUUUAUGAUGCAUAAUACCCAAAAGGUCUUGUCCACUGGUUUCGCUAACGGGGUCACUCCACCACCUAAUGUCACCAUUGUUAGUUCGGGCACUAGUGGUGGCAUGUUGAAUAAUAAUAACGGUGCGAAUAUCAUUUGUCCAACCUCUGGAAACUUAAGCGCUACACAUGCAACACUGUCUGCUUUGUUAUCUUCUAACGCCGAAAAUACACAAGCUAAAAAGAAUUGAUACUAGCUUUCCGUUUAAGAGGGCUUGAAAACCGGUUCGAAAUGGUAAGGGCCAAAAAUAGCGGUUUCGUACUUUAACUAGUUUCCUUUAACCAGUGAUAAGUGAACGGUUUCCGGUUCGAAAUCUGGUCAAAGAGUGAACGAAACGCAAUUAGCAGCUUGGUGGGCGGGGCCGGCUUAGCGUGUAACGUCUAAUCGUUAAUUCCGCUUACACGUGCAAGAAACCGGUUAGGGAGACGUUUGAUUUACCGUUUCCAAAUCAAUUAGUUCGAUCGAAACCGAAAGAUUCAAUCUACAUAAGUAUCUUCUAUUUCGAAACGGGUUUCAAGCCCUGAUGUUAAAUUACAUUCCAGUUGUUUACCACAGUUUCGAUCUCAGUAUACUGAUUUUAUUGUAUUCUUAGGAAUUAAGUAUUUCUUUGAUUUUAUAUUAUUGACAAUUUCUUGUUUUACAACCGUAUAAUAUUUUGUUUUGUUUAAUUAUUUAUAAUUGUGAGUGAUAGGCAAAAUCGUGUGUGUAUUUGAAAAAAAAGUAUCGCAUGAAUAAUUAUAUCUACCUCUUUAUGUUACCUGAUUAAUUAGUUUAUAAAUUAGAGUCAAAAUGAGAAUCUUUGAAGUACGAAAAAGGAUAAGUAAACGUGCAUUCCCAAAUUUACAAAGUUGAUAUUCACCUGUACUAAAAAGAUUCUCAUUAAUUAAAUGUUGUGAAAAUGUGUCUAUGCAUAAUAUUAUAAAUGUGUUAAAUAUAGUUCGUUAAAAUAAUAAUAUUGAUACACCCUAUGUCUCAGGAAGAUUAUAUCAGAUGAGAUUUUACUUUUCAUUGUGUAUGUGGUGAUAAAUUUGUGAUUCAUUAAAGUAGUUAAUGAACUCAAAGCUAUAUCUAAACCUUUAAAACUUCUAUGAUGACCAUAUAUAUAUUUAAGACGCUAAGCGCAGUAUGGUUUAGACUAGACACAUCAAUUUCCAUUUUCUGCUAAUUUACGCUUUUUAUGUGAGGCUUUGUUAUUUAAUAAUCUUUAUUAGUAUUUUUUACGCAUCGUAUUAUAUCGCUUAUUUUCGACAAGGAUGACAUAAGUAAACAGGAAUAUUUAGGUAAUAGGCAUGAUGACGGUAACAACUAAGCGCUCAGAUAUUGUAUUUAUCUUUUAUUAUAUAUGUUUCAUGUAUUAUAAACAACAAAUUUUUUUAAUACUCUAAAUUAAAUAAGUAUUUAUUUUCAAUUACUAAAACUGAAAAACCUAGCGAUCAGCCAUGAAACAUGAAACGCUGAAUUCAAAAUGAUGACGUCACGUCUAUAUAAACAUAACUUUUUACCGCUUGAAAUUCGAACAUAACUACUUAUAUCAAGUAUUUUAUGAUUUCAAACCAAUAACAAUGAUUUCAAAACAAUAAUCUUUAAGUAUGGAACAUCUUACUAAAGCUCUUAUUUGCCUAUGACUUAACGAGUUCGGCCAUGCCACUCGGCAAGCGUUUUCGUGGAAAAUAUUUUUCUUAAAACAUAAUAUUUUUUGCAAUUAUUAACAAACCUCUAAUUUCUCCACAAAUAAGAUAUUUUUUGCAUAUAGUAAAUACUUCCAAACAUCAUUGGACAGUUUUUCAAAAUAAGUCAUCAUGCCUACUAUGAACCUAAAUACAGAAAAUAAAUCUGGUUUUAGCGACAAAUUUCUCAAAGAUGAAAGCGGGACAGACAAUGUGAAACUAUAAGGCUUUUAUUGUCGUUUAGAAAAUAUUUUUAAUCAAAGUUAUAAAACGCUCCUCUCAAAUUUAACGUUUAAAAAGUGUCAUCUUUGUCGCGUGUUAGUAAGAAGUGUUAUAAUGUAUACAGUGCGGGUGCGAGUUGAAUACCAAUCUAAAGCAUACAGUAGUUGCAGUGACCUACCUAUCUUCUUCAUGCAUCCAUACAUACACAAAGGCUCGGCACCGGGCUAUUAUGUCAACUUUUUCUAUUUUAAACAUACUUUCUUCCAAAAGGAGCAGUUUAAAUAUUCAAUUUAUGUAUGUUCGGACAUAACUCCGUCAUUUAAAGGUACAUUUGCAACAUGCUUUUUUUGAUCGAAAGUGAUUAAUUAAGAAAUGGUCCCAUUUAAAUUUCAUAUAGUAGAGUUGAAGAGUUUCGGACGACAACGAAACUGUUAAAAAUAUAUAUAUAUAUAUUGCAUAAACAUGCAUUGUUUACGCUAUCACACAACUUAACAUUAUGCUGUACACUCGAAAAGGUUACGGUGAUGUAUUCAGUUUAUCGGGGUACACCCACAUUAUCUAUCAAAGUUAGUAGAAGUUGAAAUUUUUCCGCGACUGAAACUAUUUGUACCACAUGGUAUUUAGAUUUAUACAAAAAUGGAUUAACUUUUGAGCCGGUAUAUGUUGCUGGAUUAUGUUCCAGAUGAGAACUCAACUCAUGCGCACACUGUAAUCAUAUCAGCUUUAUUUUUUGUGCAUUUAUUUUAGUAUUCAUAAAGAAUAUAAGGAAAGGUUACGCUUUGCUUCAUUUGACUGAUCUUAAAACUAAGUAUUCAGAUGCUUGAUUAUUGUUAUUUUUAGCUUACUUUACAAGUCUAUUAAUUGUAAGAAUAUUGAAUGCUCGUAUUUUCGGAAGGCGUCUGACUCGUAGAUUUUAAAUCCUAAAUAUUCCAAACGAAAAGAUUAACUUAGAGUAGUAGAACAGUACUUUGCUGUAUCUGAGACAUAGUAAUGUUACGCCCAAACUCUUCAGAUGUCAGAUUAAAUUUAGUUAUACUAGCCUUUUCCUUUUGAAGUGGUGAACACUUAGUGGAUACGACUUCGGCCUUCCUUUGCCAAGGCGGGGUCGGGGAUCGAACACGGUCUCCUCGGCAUGCACCUCGUAACUUUUCCAAGCUAUGUGCGUUAUAAGCAAUUAAAUAUUGCAUAAAGAAAACCUGCACGCAGAGUUCUGCAUAAUGUUCUCAGAGGCAUUUAAAAUCUGAAUUUGGGCAGUGUGGUGAACUAAUGGGAACUCAUUAGGGUUGAUGAUCGGUUUUCGACUCAUUACCGUAAGUAAGGAUAGCACUACUAAAUUAAAUCUGUCAUCUGAAGAUUUUAGAUCAGACAUCGGGCGGAAUGAGGGUGUUAGUAUAAGUAAAGAUCUCCUAAAUUUCUCGAUGUAAUAAUGUUGUCGUAUACUCCAUUUUACGACCAAAAUAACGUAGUUGAUUAGAGAAAAUAGUAUUCUAAAUCGAUGUAAGCAAAAAAUAAGCGUUUUGCUUUGCAUAAAAAAAUAAAUAAAACGGCAUUAGACUAUUUAUAUGUCAGUGUCAAAUAGAGUCAAACAGCUUUUUUGCUUAUAAAAGUUUUAAAUUUGGCGUGCCUACGUGCUUUUUUUUAUAUGUUAGUGACGUUAAGUUUUCUAUUGAUGCAAUAAUAGAUUAUGCUUUUGGCAAUUUUUAAGCUUUAACAACUGAUUCAGUUGGGACAAAAAGACUGCUUCUUAUUAUUAUUUAUUUUUUCUAUUAUUGCUUAUA